AUGUUCAUGGAGUUCAAGUCCCUGAAGUUUACACAGAAGCAGGUCGAGGCCUAUCGCUCUGUGCGGCAGGCUCUUCGGGAACAACUAUCCCGGCUUUUCGGAGUACCUCUGGAAGGGCUUCAGCAUGACAUGACCUUCUUCUCCCACAUCAACGCCAGCAAAACUGCUCAGACGGUGCAUGAUCAAUACUGGCACUCCCAUAUUGACACGGAGCAAUAUGGCACUUUCGCCUACACAGUCCUGCUGUACCUUAACACGGGAGCCCAGGACUUCGAUGGUGGCGAGUUUAUCUUCGAGGAGUCAAGGGGCGAGGGCUUCAGGGUGCCUGCGGCAGCUGUGGAGCCACGUGCGGGUCGCAUCGUGGCCUUCAGCAGUGACGCAGAGAACCCGCACAAGGUCCUGGCUGUGUCCAGAGGUGUUCGCAUGGCUCUGACUGCAGCCUUCACUUGCAGCCAAGAGCAGGCCAUGGCGAUCCAAAGCUUUCCGAAUCCUGCGAUGGUAGAGGCACCAAGCUUCGAGCCGGAAGGCUUCGACCAUCAAUCCAGAAGAAUCGACGGGAUGAUUCGGGUGUAUCCAGAAAGGUCGCCUGCUGGAGCCACUCCAGGCAACUCUCGCACGUCCUUGUCGCGCUUCAAGUCCUCUUUGAUGAUCCGCCAAACCUCGUCGGACGGAGACUGGUUCAUGAUGUUGAUCUCCAGCCAAGGAAAGACCCUCGUGGAGCCUUGGGGGCCCUGGCCCCCCGACACCGAGGAUUCCUGGGUCCCGGCUUGGCCAUCAGCUUUGAAGGACGCAUGCACUGCAACAGAUCCAGAGGAGGAGCAUUUGCAAGCAGACCUCAGUGAGGACUGUGACAGCGACUGGGCUGCGGCGAUCCGGGCUGCACUGCCCGAGCCAGAGGGCGGAUUCCCAAGCGAGGCCUUCUCAUCUUACUCACCGACGGCAUGUCCAGACUCCGGUACAAGCCAGGAGGAGUAUCUGGCGAAGCUCGAGCAGCGUUUGGAUAGCUUGCGCCGUGUGCCAAAGCGGAGCGCAGUUCCCUGGCGCGAAGGUCAUCAAGCUUUCCGACUUCUCGGUCUCGGAACACAAGCUGCACUGGCCUUCAGAGGAAUGGCAACUGAGAGUGCGCAGCAAGGUUCGGCCCAGACCUUCGACGCUGGACGCUUUGGUCGCUGGCUGCGCAUGAUGUUGGUAUCCUUCUAUACCGAUGAAGAAGCAGCGGUGGCCGAUGCGUUGUCCAUCACCAUGUCCGGAGGCUACACCAAUGGUAGCGCUGAGGGAAGACGCGAGUACGACCACCCCAUCGUCAUUCUGGGUGGUGGCAUGGGCGGCCUCAUGACGGCCGUGGACUUUCUGAGGCAGAACCGCAAAGACUUUAUCAUCUUGGAGCGUUACGAUGCCUUUGGUGGUACGACCUGGCGGGAUGUGGCCAAUGAAACCACCAAGUUGCAGACCGAGAAGGGAACUUAUGUUCCGGAGUAUUUGGACCCCGAAGUGCAUGCAGAUGAGGACCAGAAGACCUGGCCUUCGCGCGACAGCAUCCUGGACAUGUGCGUUGCUUGUGCGGAGAAGCACGGCCUGGAGGACAAGGCCAAGUUCAACACGUCUCUCGAGAAGGUCGAGGUUAAGGGUGACCUCCUUGCCGGCGGACACAUUGAACUGAGCAUCACUACCGAAGACUCCUCGGAAACCCUGAAGUGCUCCGCGCUGGUGUCCUGCCCAGGUGUGUUCUACAAUCCUAUCGACCUGAAAUGGCCGGGUCGCGAGGAGUUUGGCGGUUACAUCACCCAUGGCUCGUACGAUGGCAUCAACUACGACAAGCUGAAAGACGCAACCGUAUGCAUUGUAGGCCACGGAGGCUUCACCAUCGAGAACGUCCGCACCUGCGUGGAGCGAAAGUCAAAGAAGAUUUACAUUGUUUGUCGGCAUCGUCACUUGGCUGGACCCAAGAUGGUCUCCUGGAUGGUCAGUGGUGCUGCUGUUCCGAUUCCGGGACCGUUCAUCGUCGAAGCCUUCCAGAAGAUGUAUGGUCUGCUGGGAGUUGACGUUUGGAGUCAUCCAGUCGUGAACGCCAAUGCCGAUCGAUCCAGUGCCGUCUUGACUCAGACGACAACUUUCGGCGUGACAGACAUCUACUUUCUUGCGUGCUACUACAAGGUGUGCGAGGUUGUCCACGGUGAGAUUGACAAGCUCAGCAAAGGCAAGGUCCACCUCAAGGACGGCAAGGAGUUGGAGUGCAAUGUCAUCAUGAAGUGUUUGGGAAGCCACGGGGCUACAGACUUUGACGAUAUCAUCGGCUUCAAGUUUUAUCAGGGCUGGUGGGUCAAUGGCGAGCCUCUGAUGCCAUGCAUGGCACCAGCCAAAGGUGUGCAGGCCAAGAACUUCGCGGGUUUCAGCCUUGCCCCAGGCUAUGCCGGGCAGAUCAUCACCAACAGAUACUUCAUCGACCACCCGGAGAAGUUCUUAGGUGUGCGUGACUGGCUGCCCAAGCAGAACCGAGAUGAGCACUACGAGUGCAACUACAUCUACAAGGGCGCCCAUGUUCUGGCAACCAUGGUUAUUUUGCAGACUCAAUUCCCGGACCUUGCCGGAGAGUUGGCUGAAGCUGACAAGCUCAAGGCAUACAAGCACAUCAAGGCUCAUCCUUUAGAAAAGCACCUCGACGAGUGCCUCGCGGAAUGGAAGAUGUACAUCAAAAUGAUGAAGGAUCACGGACAGAUUCCUGCAGACGCCGAGGAAGUGGAAUAUCCAUACACCAAGGAGAACCUCCUGGAGCUGGACCAGAGAUGCCAGGAGGCACUAAAGGCCGAAUGGGAGAAGAUGAUGGCCAAAAAGGCCAAGGUGUGCAUUUUGGGCAUUCUCUCAGCCAAUCUUACAACGUCGGAUGCGCAAAGCCUUGUCCUUCAAAACGCACUUGGCGGAGGCCUGACCGGCAAAUACGCUAGCCUGCUGCAGCUGGCAGCUGCAAUUGACAUAUUGCCACUCGAUGGGCUGGUCCCUGACUGCAUCGUUGACAAAUGCUCCGAAGGGACAGGGGAGAAACUCCAGGCAUUCUAUCGCAUAUCGCCGGUUGCCGUUGCAGUGGCAGCCCAAAGGUUUCAGCUUCUGGAGAUGUCCUUGUCUGCACAAACUCAAGAGCAGUAUGUUUGCAAGGAGUGCAACCGGGUGUAUGACACGAUGCAGGCGAUGUCAACAUCCUUCUCGUGUGAGUGCGGCCAGGCUUUGGCCUCCACGGCAGAGGAGUCAGAGGCACGACGAGACCGGCUCCACCGCUACAAAUCCACUGCAAACAUGGUCCGCUCGCGCUCCGUCACUGGUGCCGUCGUGACUGCCUUCGGCUUGGCCUUCGUAGCGUGUCGGCUUGGCGGUGCCUUCGUGGGCUCCUCCCCCCAGCUGAGGGGAGGCUCCCAAGUUGCACGGCGAGUGGGAGUUGACUAUCUCCUGCGCAAUGGCCCGAAGGAUGCCGACCCUCCCUUGAUGGACCCAAACACUGCCUCCGGUGCCACCCACGAGAUCGAGUUCAAGAAGAAGCCUUUCGGAAUCCUCCGCUACGCACCUGGACCAAGCGGCAACGGUGCUGUGGUCCGUGAGGUGAAGCAGGAGUCCCGCUACCCGGGCGACCCGCAGGGCCAGGCUUUCGUGGCCGGCGUUCAGCCGGGUUGGGUCGUGGCUUCCGUGAACGGCCAGGAUGCGAAGAACAUCAAGUUCGAAGACCUCAUGGAGUUCAUGGAUGACGAGGUGCUGGACCCUGUGGCAGCCCUGUCCCUGAACUUGAAGGAGAACGGCGUCUCCUCCGAAGGUAAGGGCAUCGGCGAGAGCACUUUCACUUUCGGUGGUGGCAACCUCGCGCCGCUGCCCAUCAAGGUGGUGUACCAGGAGCACUCUUUCUUCUCCGUUUCCAACCCACGAGUGGUAGGGCUACUUCAAGAGCAGGCAACCGGGGCGUUCAUCACUUGGAUGGUAAUUGCAAAGGGACAGUUAGCUCCCGAGACCCACGCUGGCUUCCACGUGCAAUGCAAGGAGUUGCUGAAGCUGACACAAGAGCUUGAGAAUCUGCCAGGACCACAAUUUGGGCACCCACCCAAGGUGAAGAAGCCACGUGGAGCAGCAAAGCAAUCUGCCAAGGCGAAGGCUGCGGCGUCUGAGCAAAGGCCAGCACCUGCUGACGACAUCCGGGCGAACCAGAUGCAGGUUGACAUCGCCUCCACCUUGGAAUCGAAGGACUCGGAAGAUGCGCAGGUGCCGCCAGCAGACACUGUGCCAGCUCUCAGCGCAGAGCAGGAGAUCUCCAAGACGGUGGAGGAAGAAGUUGGUGCCCAUAACCAGAGCACGCGGACAUCGCUGGAGGCCCGUCUCCGCGGGACUCAGCGAAGCCAACCUCAAGAGGUUCAUGAAGAUCCGAUUGUUGUCGUUCGUGGGGAGCCGCUUCCUCUCUCGCGCGUCCUUGCCGACGAUGAUCUCCAGGAGCAGAUGACGGACCAAGAGUACCAGAGUUUCUACGACGUCGACCGGAAUCUGCAGCACCGAAAAUGGCUCGAGACCGGAGGGUUUAGGCCAAUCCUGCGGUGGAUUGUGCCCGGAUCCUGGUCUCCA